AUGGCCUCAGGAGCCGGGCAGCGCCACGACCAUAACCGAGCAGGCGGGACCACAGCUAGGAGACCGCCACGUGCUAGCAUGUCGCCCCCCGCCGCCAUUGCCCCCCGCCCCCCUCGACACCGCCCCAAAAUGGCGGCGGCGUCCUGCACCGGCUGUUCCUCCGUGGCCCCUUCCCUCCCCUCUGGCGGGCAAGGGCCCCGCCCCCCGCUUUGCAUAGAGCGGCGCCGGCGCUCCACGCCCCUCCCUCCUCCCGCGGCGGCGGCGGCGGCGGCGGCGGCGGCGGGCUCGGCGCUGGGCCAGGAGGGCUGGCGGGGCCAGUCGCGGGGCUCGGUGCAGCAGCUGGCUGAGCGCUACGCAGACCUGGCGGCCAGCCACAGCGAGGCGCUGCGGCAACGGGAGGAGCGCGAGUGGCACAACGUGCGGCUGCGCCAAGAGAACGCGAGGCUGCGCCUGGAGAACCGCCGGCUCCGCCGCGAGAACCGCUGCCUCUUCCGACAGGCCCUGCUCGGGCCUGGGCCACGGGACCCCGACAAGCCCGAGGCCCCGGGUGGGGAGGCGGAGGAGCUGCGCGCCGAGCUGGGACGGCUGCAGGAGAAGCACCGCCGGGCCUUGCAGCAUCUGCGGCGCUGCCGGGCCGCGGGCGGGCCGGACGACGGGGAGCUGGAGGAGCUGCUGCUGGAGGAGGAGAAAGGCGAGGAGCGGCCGCCGUCCCCCCCUGAGCAGCCGCUGGAGAAGAGGGGGCUGGUGGCUCCCGUGUAGCCGGCCCCUGGGGGGGACCUCGAUGGGGAGCCCCUUCCCAGAGGAGGAGCCGGCGGUGUGCUUUUUAAUCUGCCCCCGCCCACAGGGCACGACCCGGAAGCUCUGACGGUGGAGGAGCGGGGCCAGGCAGGGAUGUGGCGCUUGGGGGAGGUCAAGGUUGAAGGGGAAGAAGGCAUUGAAGACGCUGAUGUGGAGGGAACAGCCACAGCGAAGUGAACGUUUGUCUUCGCACCGCUUCACGGCAUUGAGUUGUGCUUUCUUAGAGGAUCUGCUGCAGAUUACUCGUUGAGUUUGCGAGCAUCGUGUAGGGCCUCUGUAGCCACAGAGGCCAUCAAAAGAUGUCUGGGUACUUCUCUGUGUCCUAUGUACAUCUGUUACAACAGGGAGUGGAGGAAGCUUGCAAGCUUCUUGGUCGGCACUCUGGUAAAACGUUGGUGAUCCUUCGAACACUGAAUUGUCUGGACAUUGAGUCAAAAACAGUUACUGUCUUUAAGGAUGGGCUGUGUUCACCCUCAUGUCAAUAUUGGUUUGUAUUUUGCACUUUCACAUAAAAUUACAUAAAAUUCCUGAUAAUAAAAAUGUGACACGCCAACUGGUCAUCUUGAGUGUGAUUUGUAACAGGCAGUUACUUUGAAAUUACAGGUGAAACACCAGUCACACCUUUGUAACACAGUUCCUCUAAGCACAUGACGUAGUUACUCUUCAGACCUCUCGUCCUUAAUAAAACCAGUUUGUGAACAAGCCUUUGU